AUGGCCACCAAUACCUCUUCCAAGGGAUCCGAAAAGCUCGACAGAAAGAAAUCCAAUCUCUCCGAGCUGAUUAGGACUGAGCCGGUCAUCGAGAAGAAGGCCGACAGCGUCCUCUUUCCACUUACGGACGACCAACGCUAUGCGAUGAGCGAGCAAGCACGUAGUUCCUCUCCAGUCUACAAACUAUACAAGAGAAGAUGUGGGAAUGGUACGAUUAGCUCUAUAACUCUAACUGCGCGCUCUUAUGAACCGUUCGCUAGUGCAAUCGCCAACGACAGUCAAUUGGCUCAGUCAGACGGUCAAUCUAGUCUACCUCCCCAUGGCCCUGGCGAUCCCCACCUUGAUCCAAAGACUUGGAAUCCGAACCACAUGCAUAUCAGCAGCAGUUUGCUUGCUACUCGCCUCUUGGAUCCGAUAUGCGGGGACGGCAAAAUCUUUGCGGGUAUUGCUCAACCAGUCUUCCAAGUACUAGGCCCCAAAUUCUCAGAGACCUGGUUCGACCUCAAGGCGAGGACUACGGCUACUAUGGUCAUUGCAGUUGGAAGUGCGCUCGGACAAUUAUUGCCCCCCUUCAUGUCAAACCCACGAGUAUCUGUACGGAGCUCUCCUACUGUCAGACUUUAUCUUCUCAUUGUCCCUGUUCAGGUACUUGUGCUUGCGAUUGCCACUACAGCAUGCUUGGGACUUGUGAUCUUGAUCCAAGAUGCCCCUCCCACGCCACCAACGUAUGCCGGUUCCCGCCGUUCCCCACCCUUCCUCAGGACGAUCUUGGCCUUGUUCGGCCGCCAGAAGACGGGCGAAGAGGAGAAUCUCUCAUUCACCAGGACGGAGAAAAUCGACUUUGCAAUACUUGUUAUUGUUUUCGGAGUAUUGGUUGGAUGCAUUAGUUCAUUCUCCAUUCUGACUAACCAGAUUGCACCCGUUGGAUAUUCGGAAGAGACGGCUGGGUUCAUUGGGGCCGCCCUGCUCCUUCUAGGUCUCCUGGCCGGCCUCAUCACCUCGCCGCUCUUCGACCGUGUUUUGACGCAUCACCUGGCGGUGACAGUCCGCUUCGUUCUUCCACCUAUGGCUGGAUGCUGGAUCGGUCUCAUCUUUGCCGUUCGCCCCAACAACUCCAUACCGAUCUUUGUCCUAGCUGGCCUCAUUGGUGUCCUUGGGUUCUUGCUCCUCCCUGUCGGGCUUGAGCUCGGAUGUGAGGUCACGAGAAACGCCGAGUCUUUAGUCUUAUGUCCAGUGUCACUAACCUUUCCCCAGUAUCUGAUAAACUACGCGACCCCAACCCGCCCCAUAGCAUGCGCAAUGCGCUCAUCUUACUCGCUGCCUUUGUAUCCGCUGCAACCAUUACCACCAUCAAGCUCACUG